AUGCACACCCCACCAGCAGAGCACCCCGUGGAGCCUGGACCGAGGGUGGUGCUGCGUCUGCUGCUGCUGCAACACCGCUUCUACGGCGCCAGCACGCCCUUCAGCUACGGCUCGGGCGCGAAGACCUGCUCGAGCGCCAGCUUCGCCGCCCGCCUCGCCGACCCGGGCUUCGCGGGCGUCUCGGCCGCCUGCCUCGACUACACCUGCCUCGGCAGCUCCUUCAGCCCUCUGCCCACGGCAGGCUCGGAGAUGUGCAGUGGGGCAAUCGACUCGUCCACCGACCCCUUCUACGAGGGCGUCGCGUGCAAGGGCGCCUUCGCGAGCCCGUCGGACAACUGGCUGAGCGAGUACUCGUGGCUCGCCUGCGCUGGCAAGAUGGCCGGCUCCACCUGCGCCGGCAUCGCCCCCUCCCCCUUCGCGCAGCUGCAAGCUGACGGGCAGACCAUCGCGCGCCUCGGCGGCGACGUCGACAGCGCGACCACCCUCUCGGCCGACACGUCGUACCUCCUCACGUCGCAGCUCUUCAUCUCGGCCUCGCUCACCAUCCCGCCCGGCACCACGAUCUACGCGAUGCCGACCGGCCAGGCUCCAGGCGAUGUCGCCCCGGCCAUCGUCGUCGAGCAGGGCGGCAGGCUGAUUGCCGAGGGCACGGCGGUCCGGCCGAUCACCAUGACCACCGUCCUCUCGGAGGCGGCGCUUGCCUCCUCGGAGCAGGCCCAGACAGACACCGCCAACCCCGGCCUCACCAACCUCGGCGAGCGCGGCAAGUGGGGCGGCCUCGUCCUGCUCGGCCGCGCGCCCACCUCCGCCGGCAGCUACGCCUCCAACUUCAUCGAGGGCAUCUCGGGCAGGCCGUACGGCGGGUCCGACCCGGCCGACAGCUCGGGCUCGCUCAAGUACGUGCGCGUGUGGCACGGCGGCGCCAUCAUCGGCGCCGACAAUGAGAUCAACGGCAUCACCUUUGGCGGCGUCGGCUCGGGCACGACCGUCGAGCACUGCGAGGUCGCCCUCAACCUGGACGACGGCUUCGAGUUCUUCGGCGGCACCGUCAACGUCAAGUGGCUCUCGGCCCUGUUUGUGGGCGACGACGCGUUCGACGUCGACGAGGGGUACCAGGGCAGCGGCCAGUUCCUCUUCGCCAUA